CUGUCAGUGUUCUUUGUUUCGGGCAAGAUCAGCAGGAUAAAAACAGAAAAAAAAACAUCGACGAAGUAUUCUACGAUCUGAUCGAUUCGUUGUAAAUAAGAAGGUACUCAUCACUUGAUCGAAAAUGGUAUGUGUGCCGUGCUUCAUCGUGCCCGUGCUAUUAUACCUCUGGCACAAGUUCGUGCAACCGAUCCUGCUGAAGUACUGGAAUCCGUGGGAGAAGAAGGAUAAAGACGGAAACGUCCUUCCAGCCGAUACGACCAAGUUCCCGUUCGAUUGCACUGGAGGUGUUUGUCGUUUCGCCAAAAAGAAGACGGACGACAGCGCGGUGGAAGGGAAAGAUUCGUCAGUGACCUUACCGAGCGGGCACGAAAAAUCGCAGUGAAUUAUGAUCUCGGCACGAUACGGUGAUAAAUAAAUGUGUAUUU